AUGAGUUUACUUGGCAGUAAUGUGAUUGGUGGUAAUGUGUUUGUUUGUAAUGCCAUUGUCGUUAUGUAUGUGAAGUGUAGUGCUUUGGAUGAUGCACGACUGAUGUUUGAUGAAAUAAAUUCGUAUCAAGCUGUGUUAAUAGGUAAAAAUUCUCUCUCUGCUAAUGAUCAUUAUUGUUGGAUGCGCUCGGAGGAUAUGGAUUACGCUCAGCCCGUACAUGAAUGCCAUAGUUGCUCAGACCUUGCUGCAGAGAUGGUUGCUGCUUUUGCUUCUGCAUCCAUUGUUUUUACGGAUAACAAGGCUUACUCCCAAAAACUUGUACGUGGUGCUAGAACCCUUUUCAAGUUUUUCAGGGAUCAGCAAGGCAGAUAUAGUGCUCGUGAUGCUGACGCUUCUAUUUUCUAUAAUUUCACUAAUUACUAUGAUGAGUAUGUGUGGGGUGCAGCUUGGUUGUAUUAUGCUACUGGAAAUUCUUCAUAACUUCUACUGCCUACGACUCUAGAUAUCGCCAAACACGUCAGUGCCUUCUGGAGAGGCCCAGAUUAUAGUAUACUUAGCUGGGACAACAAGCUUGUCGGAGCUCAAGUAAGUUAAUGGAGCUUGUGAUUAACCUGUCUACAUUAUUUACCUUUUCUCUUCUCGUGUAAUUCAUUGCUUGGUGCAAAUGUAAUGUGAAGCUUUGUACUCCUUUUUCUCCUGGGUGUUUCAAAUACUUCUAAUGUUAGUCUUGACAUUCAUAGAAUCUGAGCUGCAUUGUCAGUAACCUCUUUGUAAAUAAUACUGGUACAGUGGUGGGGUGCUUGUAUGCUUUUUGCUGUAUAGUAACUGCAUGUUUAGUAGCCUUUUUUUAUGUUGACACUCAGCUACCUCAAGUAUUUUCUCCUAGCCUUCUGGGUGCAUUUGGAUCAUGGAUGUCAUUAUAGAUGACUUGUAUCUUCAGCAAUUGUUCUGUGUGAGCUUUGGACAG